AGAGUGUUGGGUCCUUCUGCAAAGCUGAAAACAAUAAACCGUGAAAACCUUUAUACUCUUGCCCGUGCCUGUUGGUGUGAUAUUUUUAUGCUUUAAUUCUCUCGAACCUCAAAACUUCCACAACAGGCUGGCGUUGUCGGCAGGAUUCCGCGUUUGAGAGUCGACUUCGGGGAUUCCCGAGGAGGUUUGCAGCGCUCGAGCCUUGAAGGCUGUUAACUUCACCUCGACCGCAAAAUUGGCUAUGAGCGUGAGAGGACUCGGGAGUUCACCGUGAGCCGCCUCAACGCUGGAAUCAAAAGUACUUGGAUGUGUGGAAGCAGGUGAAGGAAGCACUGCCUAAGGUGACGCAAACAGAUCUGCACAGUCUCAAACCAGGUGACUGGGUGGUGGUGAAGGAUUUCAGGAGGAAAAGCUGGAGAGCCAGGCGGUGGCUGGGACCAUUUCAGGUACUUCUGACCACGCAGACUGCGGUGAAGGUUGCAGAGAGAGCAACGUGGAUUCACGUUAGCCACUGUAAGCGGGUUCCUGAGCCAGAGGAAAAAACAACACCCGACAGCUGCAAAGAGGAAUGAGAAGGGGCAUCAGGGCACACGGUGACGUGCUAGUAACCUCUCCCGUGAGCUCCAACUGACUUUCCACGACGCGUAUAGUGUCUGAGUCAGAAGAAAACCCUGAUACAACGCAGCAGCCGACACCGAGAAGGAGCAGCGUCAUCUGAAGGAGUAACAUCGACACACACACAUAUGAAUGUAAACACAAAUGUAAAUGAAAUUAAUGAACUGAAAGAGGUAAAUGUGACAGACACUUAUGACAGCAGAUGACGACAGCAUUACACAUUUACGACAGCCAGACUCCCAUACAAACACAAAUAUAAGACCUGACUUCUACAAUCGAUCAACAUUGAUGAGUAAAAGCUCCUGUUAAGAUGAGGAGCCUGUUUGACUAUCACCCAAGAGUUUUAGGGAUCAUUGGCAUCCUUAUGAUCUGCCUGUUAAUUAGAGGGAAUGCAGAAAAGACUUCCACCUUUGGUAGAAGUCGCAGAGACGUGCAUGAAAACACUUAUUGGCAAUUUGCCAACUACACUGCCAAAAUGAUCACAAAUGAGUCUUGUUAUGUGUGUAUGAUUCUCCCCACAGCUGCGAGUAAACACACAAUGAUCCCCAUGAAAAGUAAUGGUAGUGAAUUGAAAGCCAUAGCCCAAUACUGUAGAAAUUCUUACUCCAUGUGGAAGCAGGAUGCUUAUAGAGUCCAGAAUGGCACACAUUUGAGUCUGGUGAUAAAUUCACCGGCCUCCCUGUGGUGUGAAGCUGGAGGUCCUGGGAGGACUGAUUUAACUGGUACCACCAUAUGUCUACGAACUCUAAUGCGUGUGACAAAACGAACAUUCAAAGUAAACCAAACAAGAGUUAACACAUUUGUUGCACAGCCUCCUCCUAAAUUGAACUACACACACUGUUUUGUAGGUACAGGAAACACACCGUUAGGUAAUAUCGCCAGCCGUAGGUGCACUCAUUUAUAUUACCCAUAUUCUGAUGACGGAACCUGCCCACAGGCAGAGUGUUCCCUCAUUCAUCCAUCUGACACCGGCACAUUACUCAGGGCUGACGACUGGUACUGGGUCUGUGGUAAAAACGUGUAUCUAGCCCUACCCCGUAACUGGGGAGGAGUAUGUACUUUAGCAAGGUUUAGGUAUCCAGGUGUGGUCAUAGCUCACUCACACUCACCAAUAAAGCGACCCAAGAGAGAGGUGUCUUAUAAUGACUUUCCUCCGCCAGAACAUAGACUGAAACCUACACUGAGUAAAUUCUUUGAUUCCUUCUUCCCACAGUAUGGGAUGACUCAGGUUUGGAAUCAACUAGAAGUCACACAUUAUCGGCUUGCCACUUAUAUUAACUCCACUAAUCGGGCAACCGAAGGCAUUAAACAGGAACUCGCGGCCCUUAGAUUGACUGCUACACAAAAUAGAAUGGCCUUAGAUAUUCUAUUAGCUAAAGAGGGAGGUGUAUGUGCCCUGAUUGGAGAUCAAUGUUGCACCUUCAUUCCCUCGAAUGAUGACGACCAUGGGUCUAUCUCAGAUGCACUGCAUGAUAUGCACAAAGUAGCAAACCAAAUGAAACGAGACGAACACGGAGAUAAUAGUUGGGGACUUUGGUAUACACUGUUCGGACAGUGGACUCCCUAUCUAUCAAUGAUAAUCCCAGUGAUUGUGGUAUUACUCUUAUUAUGUUUGUUUGGCCCUUGCAUAUACAAAUGCAUUCAUUACAUCAUAAUGUCCAAUCUAACGACCAAACAACUUGUGAAACUAGACGAUAUUGACGAUGACCCUGAAUGGAGUCCUCCGUUCAGCGAUGACUAUUUCACUGAAUUUGCCCAGACUGAUCCAGAAACAGACAAAGGUAAAUACGGACAGUAGAGACUGUGACUUGUAGUGAGGUUACGACUUGAUUAAUGCUUAAUGCUUUGCCUUUAACUGCAUAUUUCUUAUAUAUACGGGUCCUGUCCCCACAAAAACAGCAUAUUAUCCACUAAAGAUCAUGUAUUUUAUGAAGCAUUCAUGUGAACCCUACAGGGGUAAUGAUGCGCUGAUGUGAGACUUUACAUGAUUAGCUUAAGAUUUAAAUGAUUAUAUUCUAGCUGAUUAACAAUGUUGUAGAUUAAGUAGUUGAUUAACAAUACUGGUAUCGAUCGAUCAUUUAGAGUUUAGAUUUUGUUACAGAUUAAUGAUUAGUAAAAUUUUGUGUAUUGUCCCAGGGACAAAAGGGGGGAAUUGUAGUGGAAAUUUUUACUUUAGAGAAGAACACAUGAAUCUGUCCUUCUAGGCU